AUACUUUUCGACAGCUAACUUACACAAAAGAUUAGCUUAUAGUCCCAAAACUCGCCCUGGUACACGCGAUGGGGGUGGUGUAGGCUUAUUACUCGUCCAUCACAGGCACAGCGCAGUGCAUGUGCAGCGCAUUUGCAAUGGUAUUGCAUGAAUUUCCAAAAGUGAAGAUAGCCAUUAGUUUUUGUAUAAUGAUCGAGCAAUGUUGGGGGAGAGCUAAAAUUAAAUUUAUGGACUUUGAUUCUUGUGAUUAACGUCAAUAAUUAUAAUUUACGUAAUAAAUAAUAUUAAUGUCAUUAAAAUGAUUUUAUAAUUUUAUUUUCAUUCAUUUUGUAUUAAUUUAUUUACCGGGUAGUAGACCGGCAACACGAUACAAUUAAACGUAGCUAUUAAACUGCAUUAGAUAUCCCAAGAGGAAGGGGAGGCUAUGGAUAAGUUUAGGUGCCCUGUCUGCAAAUUGAGGCAAAGUUAUGGAUUAGAUGGUUUUCAUGUUUGCUUUGUUUCUGUUGACCCGGCAAUCAUGGGUGAAAAUAACUCGAAAUGCAUUUUUUGUUAACCAUCCAUAAGUACUUAAUGGAUGAUUUGAUUACUUUGAAAUGCAUUUAUUAAUUUCUGCCUGGUAAAAGGAUGGCAGUCAAAUUGUAUGUUUUGGUCUUUUUCUUUCUUCCAUUGUUCAGGUAUGGAGAAUGUAGAGUCCAUGGAAGUGGAUAACGGCUCAAGCAAGGGCAAGGCCCCCGAUGCUUGCGACGUCGCGGGCGAUUCCCUGGAAACACUUCCAAACAAACCGGAAGUGUCUUCAGCGACAACCCUUGCAAAGGGUCCGGAUAAGGCAUUUCCCAAGGCGCCAAUUGCUGGCACCCCCCUGUCUCCUUCGAGGAAAGUGGGUGGAGUGAAGCGAGGGAUUAUGUGCCCCUUCAGGGGGUGUAAGGUUGUCCUCAGGAGGGACAAAUUACCUAACCAUUCAUUCAGAUUUCAUUUACCUCUGUGCUUUAAACGGGAAUCUUCCGAGUUUUGGCAGAGAAUGCGUGGCGUGCGCGUCGAUGCUCUGUUUGCUCUUUCACGAGAGCUUGGAGUAAGAGGGCUGAUAGGAUUGUUUGAUUUUCUGUUCAAGCGAUGGAACUGCUCGAUUAAGACCCAAUUCCAACUAGAGCUGGUGGAUGACAUGAUACACCUAUCGAAAGAAUAUGGCUGGCACAUUCCUCCACGUUUCGGUUUGUCACCACCAAACUCACCAGCAGUUCUCAUCCAUUGGCGUCCCUUGCUGUUUUUGGUAGGUCAAUUGCCUCGGACCAGACAAAUUUGGUUCAAAAACAAAUUCUCAGUUCCUUCUGUAAAAGAGGAGCCGGUACCAACUUCCCAAGAAUGUCAGCACAAACCAGCGUCACCAUCAGCGCCAAUUGCUGCUCCAUCAGUGGUACCUACAUGCAGUUCUGAGAAAUGUCAGGUCCCAAUUGUGCAAGCACAAUCUGCGCCAAUUGCAAUGACCAUUCCUGCUGGUGCGGGCGUGGCAACCUCUGUCUCAGUAGCGAUGCCGUCAAGAUCUGCGCCAAUCACAAUGACCAUUCCUGCUGGUGCGGGCGUGGCAACCUCUGUCCCAGUAGCGAUGCCUUCAAGAUCUGCGCCAAUCGCAAUGACCAUUCCUGCUGGUGCGGGCGUGGCAACCUCUGUCCCAGUAGCGAUGCCUUCAAGAUCUGCGCCAAUCGCAAUGACCACUCCUGCUAAUGCGGGCGUGGCGACCUCUGCCCCGGCCGCGAUGCAGUCAAAACCGGCGCCAAUUGCUAUGUCUGGCCCUGAUGAACCAGAUUCACCUGUUCUUACAGCUUUUGACGCUCACUAUCACCCUGACCGUUUGAGUGCGCAUCUUGGGCAUGUUACAGAACAACAGUUAGCACCGCCCCGUGUUCCGGUCAGAGUUAUAGGAGGCGUUAUGAAUUUCUGUGAUCCAGGGACCUACAGUCAAAUGCCGCGUUUAGUUGGGCAUCCAUGGCAUCUUGCCAUCGGAAUCCAUCCUUCGCGCGCAGGUUCAUAUACUGCAGACGACUUCGCGUACCUUGAGCAGACUUUGUCAUCUCGUCGGGUCUCGGGUAUUAGCGAAGUAGGUUUGGAUUAUAAUCUCGAGCCAAGCACAUGGGAUUCCCAGAUGCAUCUUCUAAACCGUAUCUUAGGACUGGGUACUUUGGGUUAUGUCCUUAUCAUGCAUAUUCGGGGACCGAGAGGAAACCCGGACCUUACUCGUUUGGCAUAUCGCAAGGUAUUCAAACAGGUAAGGUUAUACUGUUCCGUUUAUCAGCGGAUACAUCUGCAUAGUUUUUCGGGCGACCUAGAAACCAUGAACGAAUGGGUUUCUAAUUUCCCAAAAUGCUAUGUAAGUUUCUCCGGACUGUUGCGUGUAUUCACGUCAGAUCAGCUUAGCGCACUGCGGCACUGCCCGUCAGAACGACUGCUGAUCGAGACGGACUCACCAUAUUUGCCCCUCAGGACUAAUGUGGGAGUGAAUACGCCUAACAACAUUGGAGACAUUGCGGCUGCAGUUGCAGAAAUAAGAAAUGUUCCUCUCAUGGAAAUUCUGCAGAGGACCAGCAGAAAUGGUAGAAUCUUGUACCUAGGUGUACAGGAAAGCAAUGCCUAGAUACAUGGAAGUAUUUUUUGUAUAUACCUUUUUGGAUUUUGGUUUGUUUUUCUUUUACAAGAAAGAUCAGAGUUUGAUCUAAUUACCUGCAAAUUUGCAACAAAAAGUGCAGGAAGUUGACAGGUAAAAUAUGGUAACAAAUACAGAAAGGAAAAUUAUAUCAACUGGCUUCCUGCUUGUACUUGUGCUAAAAAUGUACAUGAGUACAAAGAAAAGAAUUCCUUUGUCUUUAUUUUUCUAUUAACAUUUAUAUAUUCAUAUGCAGGCAAAUUAUUUUAGGGGAUCCCCUGAUAGUCUCGAUAUUGGUAUCAAGUGUAUCUUGUGACCGCAAGUUUGGGCAUAAUAUUUCAAAAAUCACAUAGAUACAAAUCCCCUUGGGCCUUUACUCGAGAAGUUGGUUAGGUAUU